AUGGCCACUGUUCAGCAGCUGGAAGGAAGAUGGCGCCUGGUGGACAGCAAAGGCUUUGAUGACUACAUGAACGAACUAGGAGUGGGACUGACUAUGAGGAAAAUGGGCGCAAUGGCCAAACCAGAUUGUAUCCUCACUCUUGACGGCCAGAAGCUCAACAUAAAAACUGAAAGCACUUUGAAAACAACACAGUUUUCUUGUACCCUGGGAGAGAAGUUUGAAGAAACUACAGCUGAUGGCAGAAAAACUCAGACGGUCUGCAGCUUUGUUGAUGAUGCAUUGGUUCAGCAUCAGGAAUGGGAUGGGAAGGAAAGCACAAUAACAAGAAAAUUGAAAGAUGGGAAGUUAGUGGUGGAGUGUGUCGUGAAUAAUGUUACCUGUACUCGAGUCUAUGAGAAAGUAGAAUAAAAAUCCCAUCAUCAC